AUGGGCUCGUCUAAAACCCCAUGUCAGCCUGCCGCGCAGCAAGAGGCACAAAUCCCCAAAUCGAAAGACGACACUGCGCUUUGGAGUCUUCGGCAUAUCCAGAUUCUGUGGUCUUGGGCUGCGCGACCGGACCCAAAAAAGAAGAAGUCAUAUCCUCCGGUUUCUUCGAUUCCGCAAACGUCCUUUGCACGACUCUCUGAACCCGACGUCGCACCAAGUCCAUUUCCCAGCGAGCCGGUUCUUGCAAACACAUUUCACCACGAUGUGGCCGUUAACCCAAAAACCGUCCUAUACCUCGCCUAUGGCUCUAAUAUGUGUGCUCAAACCUUUCUCGGCGUGCGCGGCAUCCGUCCCUUGAGCCAAGUCAACGUGGCAGCGCCAUCGCUAGACUUAACAUUUGACCUUCCGGGGAUUCCAUAUCGGGAGCCGUGUUUCGCCAACACUGCGAUCCGAAAAGUUCCCGGCGAGCCGCCCAAGUACCCUCCCGGGACCACGGCACCAAGCGAUGAAGAGAAGGUACACGAGAGUGAACGGAGCCAGGUAACCCGACGGCCGGCGUGGGACAGGGGUCUUUAUGGUGUCGUUUACGAAGUCACGACCGAGGACUACGCUAGAAUCGUAGCUACCGAGGGCGGUGGUGCGAGUUACCACGACAUUCUCGUCCCUUGUUUCAUGCUUUCUCAGGAUGCGCGACUUUCUGAGCAACCGGCCGUUCCAGGCUCGCCGAAUCCUUUCCUCGCACACACGCUCUACGCUCCUCGCCUGCCCAACGGCCCAGGCUCAGGCGACCAAAAAGCUGGGAACGAUGGUGGCGGGAACGAGGAUAAUCACAAACUACGCCUCCCUUCGUGGCUCGCUCGCCUACUGAGCCCUUGCCGCCGGCCCCAACCAGACUAUGCACAGCCGUCAGCGCGCUACCUGAAGCUCCUCGCCGACGGUGCCCGUGAGCAUGAGCUGCCGCAGGAGUAUCAGGCCUAUUUGGCGGCCCUGCAACCAUACACGGCGACAACAGACCGGCAGAGGUGGGGCCAGCUAAUUUUCCUCGGAUUCUGGUUCCCCGUCAUUCUCCCCGUCAUGAUUGCCUCCCGGUUGUUUGCGGACAAGCGUGGACGGUCGCCGCCGUUGAUCGUCAAAGCAACCACGAUCAUGUUUAACCUGGUCUGGAUCAGUUACGAUUCGGUGGCUAAGAGAAUCUUUGGGGAUGGUGAACGGACGAUGGAACAAGAGGGUGGGAGCGACGAGACGGCGAUCGUUAGCAAGACAAAGGCGAGGGCAAGGAGGGGCAGCCUAGCGGGCCUCAGGGGGAUGGAGGAGGUGGCUGAUGAGGAGAAGAAGGUGUCGAUGAACGGGCAUCGCUGA